AUGGCCAAGUCCGCUGAUAUAGAACCAUUACUCACCGGGGAGACUGCCUUACAGGCCAAUGACACACUCAGUCUGAAGAAGAGAACAACCUUGCAUAUUGGAACGCUGUGGACCGAGACACGAAAUGAACUCCGACACGACUUGAAGUCUACAAGGUGGCGCCACACCGCGGCAUCGUUUUUCACGUGGCUGGGGUUCACCAUCUGGGCGCUGGGUUUGGUAGUACUCUGCCUCGUCUUCCCACUAAGCAUCAUGGAAACGAUAUCCCUGGAGAGCUCCGAGUACUGGAACUAUUGCGCUCCUGAUGGCACCUUCAGCCUGGACCCCCCGAAUCCUUGGAACCCAGACUGGACAUUCCAAAUUGUCCUGGCUUUUGGCUCACUGAGUUUCUCGCAGGCCAAAGUCGUGGACAUUGUGUGGGAUGUCGGAGUUGGUCGCUUGGGGCAGAGCUUGUUGGCCUACUUCUCGUGGAAGUCGUUCUCUGUCUACGUUAGGGCGUCCAUGGAGACUGCCCCCGUAACAUACCGCACAUUCUGGACAAGCUUCAUGCGGAGUGAUGCCUCCUUGUUGACCGUCGUUCGCUUGAUCCGGGACUUUGCCUCGAGGAGGGGGCUUAGGUCAAAAUUGGCAAUGGCUUUCAUGAUCAUCACGAUGGUCUUUGUCAUGGUCUUCCCGACACUCGCCGGCGCAAUGACCGGUUAUACAGCCAACAAUGAAGCGGUCAUCAAGUUCGGCAACGGCACCCAGACGCCUUUCGGGAAAUUCCGCCAGCUCGUCGCAAUCAUUCACGACGGAGACAGAGUAAACCUCACCGCUGAGUACAUUGUAUUCAAGGGCUCGCCCCAAAACCAGCUCGAGACAUGUGGUUAUUAUGGUUGCGUUGACAGAUACUUUUCAACGUAUGGCAGUAUGAACGACACGAAUUCGACCUGGCAACGGGGCGAUUCUGAUGGUACCAUUCCCCUCCCAAGCCCAACGCUCAACAUCACGCAUUGGAGUGGUAAGAGAGGCAACGCUGCAUUCCUCUAUCCCUCAGGCGAUGGCAGACUCUAUCACUUGGACUACCUCCAGAAAAAUGCAGUCUGCCAACCCGUCAUGGACAAUUCUCAACAAACAUACCAAUGGGGCUUUUCGGUGGUCCAGCUGGAAACCACCCUGGUUCUCCUGACCGUCUGGACGUUCGGAAUAUGGAUCAUGUGGCUCCUUGCCCAUCAUGAACUUUCGAACAGGGGCAGAUACGAAGUGCCUCGAGAGUUCAAGGCUGCCCUGUGUCUUGCAGACUCGUUACGGGCUGACUUGAAGCAAGUCGACCAGGAAGCAGAGUCCCUGACUAAUAAAGAGCUGGGAAGAUACGCCAAUGAGCAACUGAAAGGUGGCAGAGUCGAAAUACAAGCACUCUCCCUCGACAAGGGAACCAGCUUCCGGAGAAGUGCUUGGAAGUGGGUAAAGACCAAUAAGCUCUGGAUAUUUGCCUUCGUGUGCGCCUUAGCCAGCUGCAUCUGGCUCCUUGGGAAUAUCAUUGUGAUCCUGACCAUGAGCUUCGCAAUGGCUGCAGGCUGGGGCAGGAAGACCCGGGCAGUCAUAUCCUGGGCAGCCUUUUUCGUGGGGGUGGGGGUCUUCCUUCCGAUUAUUCUGGCGACUUUCACAGUACGCUGA